UCAGCCACUGUAUGUGGUUUGACUGCAGGGUUUUAUGGUGUUGUCAAAUCGCAACCACCGGGACCUCUGUUAUUGUUUUCAGCUUUGAAUAGCGGCAUUGCGUCUGCAACAUUCUUCAGCAUACGAGAGUACCUGGUUGGUCCUAUACUCGUCUUGUCAAUGCCAGGAAAACAGUACGAGCUGCGCAGACAGAGACUUAAGGAAGUCGUAGAAGGUGUUACUACUGAUGAAUCCCGGUUAACGUGGGGUGACAUUCGCUCUCGUAAAUUACUUGAUUCUAGCAUCAGUGGAGCCUUGGCUGGUAGUGUCCUUAAUACCUGGAAACGUGGAAGAUCGGGAACUAUUCCUGGACUAGCGACGGGCGCGGUGAUGUGUGGGCUCUUCCAAUGGGCAUUCAAUGAGUUCGACAUUCUGAGGAUAACUCACGUAUCCCAAGUGGUGCAUACACAACCUGUACCUUCUAUACCUGCAGCACCUGUUCCAACAUAUUCCGUACCCGUCGCCGCCCCAGAACCACCCAAAUCACUCACAGAUCGAAUAUUCGCUAUGUUUGGUCGUAAAAUAUCCGACGAGGAGUAUCUUGAUAGGGUGAAAGCUCAAAGGGACAAUCAUCUCCGCAGGAUCGAGCAACUUGAACGCGAACGUGACGAAAAGCGCGAGACUUGA